AUGCAGUCCUCACGUACUAUUCUCCGUGUCCCACGCCACCUCUCCCACCGCGCCAUUCCGUUCCGCGCCCUGAGCACCACCGCGCCACGCCCCUCAUCGCCCUUUACCAAAGCGCCAGCGCCGCCGCGUCUCCCAAAAGAAGAGCAAGAGAUCUUCGAGCGCCUGCAGAAACAGAGCACCGGGGCUUUCAGCACACCGCGCGACGAAGCAGCUGCGACUUCCACAUCAACUACAUUCUCCGCCGCAGACGUACGCGCCAGGAUAAACCAGUCACCCGAUAGCGAACCAGUUGACGCCAAGCGAAUACCAGAGGGCGAGGAAGUGCAUCCUAAUUUGAGGAGAGGGGCGCCGCCGGAGUUUGAGGGCGAUGUCAACCCCAAAACGGGAGAGGUUGGUGGACCGAAGGUUGAGCCGCUGAGAUGGGGAGCUGCGGGAGACUACAGCUUCAAUGGGAGGGUCACGGAUUUCUGA